AUUGCGCAUUGCAUCACUGUCAAAAAAUGGGCAGAUGGCUAUGGCUAAAUGUCAUUGGACAUUAUGGUCAUUCAUUUCAUUUGUUAUGGACGAGGACGUUGGAAAUGGAAUAGCGCAAGAGGGCAAUGAUCAAAUUGAUAAUCUAUUGUUGUGCCCAAGAGACUGCCGAAAUUACAAUGAUACGUUGCAAAUGUUCCGCAAGCUGAAACCGCCCAAUUGCCUUUUUAUAGCCACGAAAAUAUGGCGUCGCGACACGAGAAAAAAAAAUUGCUGUUUAUGGUGCGUUUUGUACCAAGCCAUCAAUCCGGGAACACAAUAUUUAAGAGGCACCCAAGCUAAACAGCUCCGCAUGGAAUUGAAUACAAGAAAACCUGUUGGAGGUGAAAUUGUCGAUUACGAAUUUCAUCAAGAUGCCGCCAGCGGUGAAACAGGCUGGUUAUUUAUUUGGAAAAACCUGGCCUGUACCCAUAGACCAAAUUUUCUUAAAAAAGACAAUACUCAAAAAGGGGAGCUUUUCGAAGAGAGCAUGGUUAAUCACUGCAUAUAUUAAUUUAUUGUAAUUAUUUAUUGUAUUAAUUAGUUUGUUCCAAAUGUGCUCUAUUGAUAUAAUUAAAGAUGCUAAUUUUGCUA